GGGUGUCCGUCUGGUGGUGGGUGGCGGAGUUCGGCUCCCAGGAGGGCCGGGAGGGGCGUCCCCGGGAAGGGGCGUUGAGGCCGGGGCGGGGGGCGACACUCGGAGCCGGCUCCCCGGCGCGGUGUCAAGGGAGCAGAGGUUUUGGGGGGACGGCUGGGGUCCCCGGUGCAGAGACCCCCGUGCAGGCCGAGGGAGGUGCUGCUUGGCGCACGGCCCGGGGUAGGCAGGAGCCAAGUCCCCGCAGGAGUGGGGGGAGGCCAGAGGAAGUGGCUGGGCCCGAGCUGGCACACUGCCGGGCUCCCGGGCUGGUGCAGCCCCCCCAGACCUCAGCGCUGCCUUCCGAGCCCCUCCUCAGGGGGGCGGGACCCCGCGCCUCUUCCAAGCCUUCCGCCCUCUGACCCCUCGGUUUCUGCGGGGGCCCUGGGGAAUGAAGCGCGGGGGGUGCCCGAGCCCAGGAGUGCACCCCACAUCCUGGUGAGACGAGCUCAUCUGGGUGGCUGAGCAUUGGAUUGCUUGACCUCGCGGCCGCAGGGGGUGGUUCCUGAGCCCCCUGUGCGCCUUUGGGUUGGUGGCCCUGGGGCCCCCACCUGCCUUUCCGGACCUGCUGACAGUCCCCCGUCAGAGUUUCUGAGGUUCUCCGCUGUUCUCUGGGGCCGGCGCCCUGUAACCCAGAACAUUUGUUUGCAGAAAGUUCAGGAGCCCUGGAAAGGAGAAGGAAUAAGACGGCAGGAGGAAGAGAGAGAGAGGGUAGAAUGGAAGAAUCUCACUUCAAUUCUAACCCGUACUUCUGGCCUUCUAUCCCCACAGUCUCAGGACAGAUUGACAACACGAUGUUCAUCAACAAGAUGAAGGAUCAGCUGCUGCCUGAGAAGGGCUGUGGGCUGGCUGCACCCCACUACCCCACCUUGCUGACCGUGCCUGCCUCGGUGUCCCUGCCCUCGGGCAUCAGCAUGGACACCGAGACCAAGUCAGACCAGCUGACGCCGCAGAGCCAGCCGUCCGUCACGCAGAACAUCACCGUGGUCCCCGUGCCGUCCACCGGGCUGAUGACUGCCGGUCCCGGUUUGGUAAUCACGUCCCCCUCGGGCUCCCUAGUGACCACAGCCUCGUCGGCUCAGACCUUCCCCAUUUCGGCUCCCAUGAUUGUCUCAGCCCUCCCCCCUGGCUCACAAGCCCUGCAGGUGGUCCCCGACCUCUCCAAGAAGGUGGCCGCGACCCUCACGGAGGAGGGCGGCGGCGGUGGUGGUGGCGGAGGUGGCGGCGGCGGCGGCGGAGGCGGCGGCAAUAAUAACGUGGCUCCCAAGCCCCCCCGGGGCCGGAAGAAGAAACGGAUGCUAGAGUCGGGGCUGCCCGAGAUGAACGACCCGUACGUCCUCUCCCCGGAGGAUGACGACGACCACCAGAAAGACGGCAAGACCUAUAGGGGCGAAGGGAACUGCGGCACAGGAAAUGGACAGAGCCCUGGGCUCAUGGAUUCAGUUCCCGGCUCCACCACGAACUUGCUGUGUGACCCUGGGUGCCGGAUGUGCUCCCUGACGUUCUACUCGAAGUCGGAGAUGCAGAUCCACUCCAAGUCCCACACGGAGACCAAGCCCCACAAGUGCCCGCACUGCUCCAAGACCUUCGCCAACAGCUCCUACCUGGCCCAGCACAUCCGCAUCCACUCGGGCGCCAAGCCCUACAACUGUAACUUCUGCGAGAAGUCCUUCCGCCAGCUCUCCCACCUCCAGCAGCACACCCGGAUCCACUCCAAGAUGCACACGGAGACCGUCAAGCCCCACAAGUGCCCGCACUGCUCCAAGACCUUCGCCAACACCUCCUACCUGGCCCAGCACCUCCGCAUCCACUCGGGCGCCAAGCCCUACAACUGUUCGUACUGCCAGAAGGCCUUCCGCCAGCUCUCCCACCUCCAGCAGCACACACGAAUCCACACUGGGGAUCGACCGUACAAAUGCGCCCACCCCGGCUGUGAGAAAGCCUUCACCCAGCUCUCCAACCUGCAGUCCCACAGACGGCAGCACAACAAAGACAAACCCUUCAAGUGCCACAAUUGUCAUCGGGCGUACACGGACGCGGCCUCGCUCGAGGUGCACCUAUCUACGCAUACGGUGAAGCAUGCCAAGGUGUACACCUGCACGAUCUGUAGUCGGGCAUACACGUCGGAAACGUACCUUAUGAAACACAUGCGCAAACACAACCCUCCUGAUCUCCAGCAGCAAGUGCAGGCGGCGGCCGCAGCGGCGGCGGUGGCCCAGGCCCAGGCCCAGGCCCAGGCCCAGGCUCAGGCCCAGGCCCAGGCCCAGGCCUCGCAAGCGUCCCAGCAACAGCAGCAGCAGCAGCCGCCACAGCCGCCACAGCCACCGCACUUCCAGCCCCCCGGGGCCGCCCCCCAGGGUGGGGGCGGGGGGGACAGCAACCCCAACCCUCCCCCCCAGUGUUCUUUCGACCUGACGCCGUACAAGACGGCGGAGCACCACAAGGACAUCUGCCUGACCGUCACCACCAGCACCAUCCAGGUGGAGCACCUGGCCAGCUCCUAGGCCGCCGGGCCGCCCUCCUCGCCCCCGGCGCCCACCCGCGACGCCGCCCUUGUCUUCGGCUCUUGGAAGGAACCUCAGCCCGCCCGGGUGGCCCGAGGCCGUGCUGGGCCCGCCGUCCGGCCGCCUCCCUCCCAAGCAUAGCUUUUUCAACACAAACAAAGUCAUGGGGGUUCGGUGCUCAGGGGAGGGAUUUGCUAUGACCUCAUAGAAACUUCCAGUGUGGGCACUUACCCUCUCCUUACCCUCAUAAUCCUCACAAGCCCGGGCCGAGAGCAGGCGAGAGGCCGGCUGGAGCCCCGACCCAGCACAGCCGGCUUCCCGUCCGCGCCCUGCCCACGAGCGCGUUGGCUUCUCGCGUGGGCCCCCGGCCCCGUUUUCUUUCCCUCCACGGUCUCACUUCAUUUCCUACCUGUUGCUGAGAGGAGAUCUGGGGGGGGUCUUCAGACCUCCUUUAUUUGUGAGGGCCAAGGGCGGAGAUGGCCAGGUGGCCGGGGGUGGCUGGGAGAGGAGGGCUUACGGGUCGUCCCCAAGCCUCUGCCCACGCCGGCCCUGGACGCUCUGUCCCUUCCCCGCACCCGAGGGGCCGGGGGACCAUUGUGUUCUUUCGGGAACCCCGCGACAAGGGCGUUACAGAGAAGGGAGAGUUCAGGGCAAACACAAGGACUGGACUUUGCUCCUAGGUGCCACGGUCAGUUGCCGGACAUGGAUUUAUAUAUAAAUAUAUAUAUAUAAAUAUAUAUAUACCCACUCAUCACGGCCAUCUUUGUUGUAACCAUUUCUGUGUUUAUAAAUGCAUUAUCUGAGAAUUUUCAUAUUUGAUGUUUAUUUUUGUCUUUUUUUUUUUAUUUUUCCCCCCCACCCUGUCUUCUGGCCAAUGGCAUUUUUAUUUUCUUUUGUCCUUUUUUUUUUUUUUUUUAAAUCAUGACGGAUUUCAGAGAAAACAGAAACGGGGGCGGGGAAACCCCACCAAGAAACCAGUUGUUAUAAACCAAUUUAAAACGAAGAAAGACGAAGAAGAAAACCUUAUGUACAAACAAAGGGGUGUUUUUAGAACCUUGUAUAGAAAUAAAUUCGUGUAAAAGGA